AUGAUGGCGGUACGUGCACGCGCUAAAACAGUAAUGGCUGCAGUGGAUCGGUGGAUUUCAAUCCUUGAUGAUUUUGUAGGGCAGAGUUGGAACUCUUGGAUCGAUAAAGCCAACGCUUCCUCAUUGGAGGGGUUGGCUGAGGAGUGUAAUAAAAAUGUGAAGAAAAGGAUGGAAACGAUGACACUAAGGAGGGAGGACAUGUCAAUAUAUGGCUACUGUCCAGCCAAUGAUGACUUCUUCUUAGUGGUGUGCAGCCAUUGUGGGCAGGUGGUGAAACCUCAGGCUUUUGAGAAGCACUGCGAGCGUCGUCAUGGCAACAUCAGCAAACUCCACAGCCCCACAUCCGUUUCGGUGCCUCUGCAGCCGCCCCGCCCAGUACAGCCUGCUUCUCAGCGUGACGUGGUCCGUGAGCCGCAGGAUAGCAAGAACCAGGGGGCAGGACCCCUCAGGGCAUCGGCUCUCACACCCUCGCCCCUCCUUAAGUCUGCCAAAACACAUAAGGAUGGAGCAAGGGUUUUUCAACUUGAUAAGUUGUCUCAAGGAUCCCCUUCAUCACCUCCACGUCUUUCUAUUCCCAGUCCCAGAGACAGUUCAUCACAGCGUGGGCCAACGCCGCCCAGGGUGCCGUCUCCCAAAGAGAAGCCCCUGCAGAAAGGCCUGGAAGAGCACUGUCAUCUGUGGGGCCCUAGAACCUACAGUAGAACUUACAAGAAAGUUCCAAAAAAACAGUGUGACUUUGACAAGCACUGUGGAGUGCUUGAUCCAGAGAGGAAAAAGCUCUGUACCAGACUGCUCACAUGUAAUCUUCACUCCAUUCAUCAACGCAGGCAGGUUGUUGGGAGGAGUAAGACCUUCGACCAGCUGGUAACGGAAUUAAAGGUGGGCUCCAAGGCACACAGUCAGACCCAGUUGUCCAGAGACGGGCCUGAGUCGGACUCAUCCUGCCCUGAGGACUCUGCACAUCAAACUGGAUCUCAACACUAUAGGUGUCAGCUGAUCAGCUGUGCUACUCUCAGGUCAAGGCCAGCUUUAGUGUGUGACAUAGAGGAAGAAGAGGAAGAAGAUGAGAGCUUAGAAGCUCCUGAAGUGUUGUCCCAGCUCCCACACAGUCCCAGAGGCUUUUCCAGUGAGGAGAGUGAGGAGGAGGGCCAGGAGGAGCUCUUGGACCUCCCUUCCAGUGUCUGGCACCCCAAACCCCUAGGGCUGUGCACUUUUGGGAGCCACGCACUGGGCUGUAGCGUUUUCACCUUUGAUCGGAAGCUGCACCACCUGCGCUUUGCUCUGAGUGCUAUGCUGAAACAGCAUCUCAGCGCCCACCUUUGGAAGAAAAUACCUCAGGUGGCAGAGGUGCGUUCACAUCUCAUCCCAGCCUCCUCGCUAGGAUCGGAUUCCGGCUCCCAUGAUUCAGCACGCAGAGCAGCUCCCUCGUCACUCAAGGCUGGCUCCACCUUUCUUAAGUCUGACCCCUCCCCUCUGCCUCAGCGAACGAGCAGGGAGAACUGUUCCUCAGGACAAUCAGAGACCAGGGCGGUCGGGUCUCCCACUGUUUCUAAAACCGCCCCAACCUUGGGCCCAAGGCGACCACAUACCCCAGCUGGCCGCCCCAGUAAGCACCCCCUGCAGGCCAGGCUGCAGCAGGCAGAGCACAGCCCCACGCCUAGUAAGCGGAGGUGCUCCCCAUACGAGGACGAACCUUCUGGCCUGAACAGGAGUCAGGACUCUUAUGAGAGAACCAGAACUGUCCCCACUUCUCACGGACCAAUAAACGGUGCUCAUUCACCAGGAAAGAAGCCACGCCCACAAGCACACAACGUUGAAACUAAGCUACCCUCCAAGGGGGAACUCAAGGUCAUGUCCAGUUUCUACUCUUCUCCUGAAUCCUCCUCCCUGUCCCAUAGUGGAGAUGGGGCUUCAGGGAUUCAUAGGAGAACACUCAGCUAUGAACACACAGGAGCUGGUAAGAAACGUAAGACUAGUGGUGCUUCCUCACAAAUCCCCAAACCCAGCAGCCAAUCAGAAUCUGCACUGUACAGCUGGAACAAAAGUACUAGAGGAGAAGGAGUGUCCAUCAGUCUUAACAAGAAACGUGACACACAGAAGCCGAAGCUUCAUCACUGAUGGAAGUCUGCCUUAAAAAAAAAAAA